AUGGAAGAAAAUAAUAAUUCAUACGAGAAAAAUGAAAAUCCAAAUGGCUCAAAUACAAGAAUAAUUCCAACUACUUUUCUAGAUCUACUUAAUAGUACUAUUGAUGAUGCUGAUUUAGUUCAUUUUCGAUUAUUAUCUCAAGCGCAAGCAAUUGGAAGUGACCUUACUACUGGAAUUGUAGCUCCACAUUUAUGGCAAAAUUUGGAACAAGAAUGGAGUGAAUUUAAUCAAGAUUUAAGACUUACCAGUGGGAUUGGUCCUCGAAAUCAUGCACUCCCACCAACUUUACGUGCUAAAGUAGGAGAAGCUAACCUGCAUUAUGUCAAUAGAGACUAUCCAAAAGCUAUUGAGGUGCUUCAAGAGGUAAUAAAAAUUGAUCCAAACAUUCAUUCUGCUUGGUUUACACUUGGAACAAUACAAGAUGAAAUUGGAUGUCCAGAAAAGGCCUUACAAUUGUAUUUGGUUGCUGCCCAUUUAACACCUCAUGAUGGUGCAUUAUGGAAAAGAUUAGAUCACAGUGCUGUACAUCAAGCUAUUUAUUGUUUCUCUAAAGCCAUAAGAUGUGAACCAAGUUGGGGACUUGCUACAACUAAAGAUUUGAAUAAAAUUCCAAAAUGGCAAGAAUAUAGGAAAGGUGUAACACCUUCAUUUUUUCAAUCUAUGUUGUUAGGAGAAGGAAUACCUUGUAAAAUAGAUAUCUGGGACCUGUUAUGGUACGGCUUUAGUAAAAUUGAUGACAUAUAUAUUGAUCCCAAAGGUAAAAAGGCAUGGUUGGAAAAGGAACCUGAAGGUAAUGAUCCUUGGAAAAAAUCAUCAGAUUAUCCAAAAGGUUGUAUAUGGGCUGCACAUGGUGUAUGGGAUAAACAAUCCAAAGAGCUACUAAAACCAGGUUACUUUAAUACAAAUCCUUUAACCGGUGAGGAAUUAGAUUGGUACGAAGAAUGCUUUAAACCGUUUGUACAAAAGUAUUCAUCAACCAUAAGAUCGGUGCACACACAUGCAAUAAUUUUUAUACAACCACCAGUACUUGAAUUGCCACCUAAAUGGAAUCAAUCAAAUAAUGAUUCAAUGGAACGUAUAAUAUAUUCACCACAUUGGUAUGAUGGAUUGACAUUAACACAAAAACACUUUAAUUGGUGGAAUCUUGAUUAUUUGGGAGUUAAACGUGGGAAAUAUUUUGGAUAUUUGCCUGCUUUGAGAAUUGGUACACCUGCUAUUAAAAAAAACUUUGCUGAUCAACUUGGGGUGAUUAAAGAAGAAGCUAAGGAAUAUCUCGGUGAGAUAGGAAUUCCGUAUGAUCUGGAUAAUGGGGAAGCAUCUAGAACAGGCGAUUACUCACAACAAAUCAAAGCAAUGGACGCAAAUAUAAGUGCAUUAGAGGCUAAUUUAUUGAAUUAUACAAUAUGGAACUAUUGUUCUGAUAAUAAUUUUCAAUGGGGAGAUCAAUGGAAUGGUGAGGAUUUAUCUAUUUAUUCAUUAGGUAAUGAACAAAACCAAGAUGAUGAUAUUGAGUUACCUAAUAAUUGUUUAAAUUCAAUGGAACCCUCAAAAAAGAUGAACAUUAAGGAUUUAAAUAAAGGCGGUAGAGCAUUACAAGGAUUAUUAAGACCAUUUCCGAUGAAAACCUAUGGUGAACCUGUUUCACUAGAAUUUAAUCCAUGGGCAAAAAUAUUUAAAUAUGUUUAUCGAAAUCUUUCUGCUAGUGCACCACCAGGCUUUCCAACUGAAAUUUACUUGCCUACUUAUCAUUUUGGGGGUAUAUUAAAUGUAGAUUUUACAGUGAAGACUACUAGUGGGUUAUUUAUUUGGGAUAAAGACGAACAAAAAAUUUGUUAUUGGCAUCAAAUAAAAAAAGAUAUUAUAAUUGAUGAUGGAGAAAAGUUUAAAACAAUUAUUAAUGUAACUAGAUUACAUACUAUCAUUAUUGAAGUUAUAAAUGGUGAUGGUGAAGAUGGAUGGAGAAAAUAUUGUUAG